AGCAAGGAAGACGAGGAGAGUCGCGUGGCGCUCGAGCCCUUGCAGCGACGCAGGAUCGGACUGGGCAGCCUUCGAACCGCAAGAGCUCGGGCUCCGGCGGGUUACCCCAUCCGCACCCUGCGACCUGAGAGAGGUCAGCGACGAGCACGUUGCGUCCGCCGCCCUUGCGCCAUGGCGGCCGCCGUCCUCUGAGGCAGCCGCACGAGCAGCGGUAGGGAGAGCGCGCAACCGUCGACGACCCAAGACCCGGCGACGACCGGGCACAGGACUCUCUCUCUCGCCGGCAGGCCUGCCACACUGAACUACCAGACACGUGAAACCUGCGAGGAAACCCUAAAAUGGCGGUGCCACGACGUAACAUGUUCUGGACUCAGCUCAUGGCCCUGAUAUGGCGAAACUACUUGCUCAAGAAGACGGAGAAGGCCAAGACCUUCUGGGAGGUGGUGAUGCCGCUGCUCAUGGUGGCCUCCCUGAUGAGCAUCCGGAGCGGGCUCAAGCCCAGCUCCAAGCCCGCGCACUACACGCCCGUGGGCCACGUGCGGCUGGUGACGCCGUCGCACCUCGCCCAGCUCACCACCGAGAUCAUGGCGGCGCCCUCGACGCCGCAGACUAGGCAAUUCAUGCGCGACGUCGUCAACUUCCUCAACGCCAACACGUACACCGUCGGGUUCAACUUCUCCAUGUACAACUCCUCCAAGGACAUGGAAGCGGCAUUCCGGCAAAACUCGACGCGGUCCUUAGUGGGCGUGGUCUUCGAAGGCGAUGACCUAACCAAAAACGGCUCCUACCAGCUGCGUUUUCCCCUACGGCACCUGCCCUCGCCUGAACUGAAGCACGUCGGCAUAGAGAUGUGCCGGAUAAAACACUUCGUGCACUCGUCUGACACGACGCUGUGCCCUGCCGGGGCCUACUACUCGAGCGGAUUCAGCGUUCUACAGGCGGCCGUCGACUACACAUUCAUCAGGCUGUGGACCAACAGUACCGUGCGGCUGCCCGAGGUGGUGGUGCGGCUGCUGCCCAAGCCGGCCUACGUGGACCCCGGCACCACGUGGCGCACCCUGGUGCCGCUCUACCUGACGCUGGCUUUCUCGCCCUUCGUGUCCGUGCUGUGCGUCAACAUCGUGCUCGAGAAGGAGCGCAAGAUCAAGGAGGGCAUGCUCAUGAUGGGCAUGAUGCCGUCCGCCUACUGGACCGCCUGGGCCCUGGUCGAGGCCGUCGUGGUGGCCAACGUGGCGGCCAUCAUGACCCUCAUGGUGUACGUGCUGCACAUCCUGCCCAACACGGACAUCUCCAUCGUGUUCGUGCUGGCGCUGCUCUACGGACUGACCAUCGUCAUGUUCAGCUUCAUGACGACGCCCUUCUUCAACAAGUCCAAGGUGGCCGGCUCCGUGGUGGGCCUGCUGAUGCUCGUCUUCAGCUUCUUGUACAUGCUCGCCGUGUUCCUCAAGAACCGCGUGCCCACGUGGGUCUUCUACGCGGUGUCGCUGCUGUCGCCCGCCGCCUUCACGCUGGGCGUGGAAAAGGUGAGCCAGAUGGACGUCAGGGGCGGCAUGCACUGGAGCGACCUGUUCGAGGACAACUUCUCCGUCGGCAGCGCCAUUAUCAUGCUCAGCGUGGACGUGUUCGUGUACGGAUUCCUCGCCUACUACUUCGACGCCAUCGUGCCAGGCGAGUUCGGCCAGCAUCGCAGCCCGUGGUUCAUCUUCCGCUGGCUGUGCUUUGGCCGAGGCGGCAAGUCGACCGAGCCGGACGACCUGGUCAAGCCGGAGAACACGCCCUGCCCCGACGUCGAGGACCGGCCGGCGGAGCUGCUCGGCAGGGAGGCCAUCAAGGUGCAGGGCCUCCGCAAGGUGUUCACCUCGUGGCGCAAGGGCCCCAUUGUGGCCGUGGACGGCGUGAGCCUGACCAUGCACGAGGGGCAGAUCGCCGCGCUGCUGGGUCACAACGGCGCCGGCAAGAGCACGCUGCUCAACAUGCUGGUGGGCACGCUCAAGCCCAGUGCGGGCUCGGCGCGCAUCUACGACCUGCACACCGACCGGCCCGAGGACGUGGCCCAGAUCCGAUCCAUGCUGGGCGUCUGCCUCCAGGAGGACAUCCUGUUCGACACGCUCACGGCCCGCCAGCACCUGCGCUUCUUCGCUCGCAUGAAGGGCGUCCCGGCAACCAGCAUCAACCUCGAGGUCAAGAACAUCCUGCUGGAGUUGGACCUGGCGGAGAAAGCCGACGUGCAGGCCAUCAAGCUCAGUGGAGGACAGAAGCGGAAGCUGUCCGUCGGCAUCGCCCUCAUCGGGGACCCUAAGAUCGUGUUCCUCGACGAGCCGAGCAGCGGCAUGGACCCGUACUCGCGGCGCCACCUGUGGAGCGAGCUGCAGAAACGCAAGGAGGGCAAGGUCAUCGUGCUCACCACGCACUUCAUGGACGAGGCCGACAUCCUCGCAGACUGGAAGGCUAUCCUGUGCAAGGGCAAGCUGCGGUGCGCCGGGACAUCACUCUUCCUCAAGAAUCGGUUCGGCAUUGGCUAUCACCUCACCAUGGUGGUGGACCAGACGACAGACAAGGCCCAGAUCAGCCAGCUGGUGCAGCAGUUCGUGCCCAGCGCGACGGUGUACCGCUCGACGGGCACCGAGCUGGCCUUCAUCCUGCCCAUGGACUCGACGUACAACUUCGCCAACCUGUUCGCCGCCGUCGAGGAGGCCAUCGCCGAGGGGACGACGGGCGUGCGCAGCUACGGCAUCUCCAUGACGACGCUCGAGGAGGUGUUCCUCAAGAUGGGCGAGGUGGAGAGGCCCGACGAGGUGCACCUGCGGGACAUCCAGACCAGCUACCAGAAGGAGAUCGAAGAAAUGGAGCUGCUCAAGGCCAACAAGGAGACCAUGCCCGUCAGCACGGUGGAGCCCAACGCGCUGCAGGCAUUCAUGGCCUUCUUCAAGGCCCGGCUGCUGCUCUUCGUGCGCGCCCCGAUGCACGUGGUGCCGCUGGUGGUGCUGCCCGUGAUCAUGGUGUUGCUCAGCUACUGCUUCCUCAGCAAGAGCGAGGUGCCCGUCAACCGGCUGGGACUGUUCACGCCCGACUUCUACCCGGAGGCCAGGGUGAUCGAGGCCUACAGUGCGGCACCCAGACAGAGCGAGCAGGUUCGACUGUACGAGGAGGCCAUGCGCAAGCAGAACAUGAACAUCUCUUGGAACAACAACAGCGUCACCCUCGACAACGUCAGCCCCAACAGCUACUACGCCUCGGUGCCCGAGAACCUUGGCGGGGACUACAAAUACACCAACCCGCUGACGCUGCUGAUCAACGACUCGCACGUGCACACGCUGCCCAUCCUCCAGUCGCUGACGUACAACGCGCUCUACGCCGCCCUGGAGAAGAACGAGUCGGUGCUCGACGAGCGCCGCCUGCGGGUCUCCUCGUACCCGUGGCCCCAGCGCGGGGUCGACCGGGUGUUCGACGCGCAGCUCUACACCUGGACCAUGAUGAUGAGCGUCGUGCUCGCCUACAUGCCCUCGCUCAUCGCCGUCGAGGUGGUCGAGGACCGGCAGAACAAGGUGAAGAACCAGCUGCGCGUGUCCGGCCUGCUCUUCUGCGGCUACUGGUGCACGGUGCUGCUGAGCCACGCGGCGCUGUACCUGCUGUCCGUGCUGCUGACGGUGCUGGCCCUGGUGGCGCUGCAGGUGCCCUUCCUGACGGAGCCCGUGGCCCUGCUGGCCAUCGUGUCGCUGUUCCUGCUCUACGUGCCGGCGUCGCUCGUCGUGUGCUACGUGCUCACGCACCUCUUCAACAAGCACGAGACGGCCAAGGGGGUGCUGCCCUUCCUCGCGCUGCUGUGCUCCAUGUUCCCAGCCGUGCCGGUGACCAUUCUGGACAUGAUGGGCUCGUCCCGAAGCGCCACGGCGUUGCACUACACCCUCUGCCUGCUCGUGCCCUUUUACAUUCCUAACGGCGGCCUCUACUACAUCACCAAGACGUCGGUGGUGAUCGAGACGAAGCUGUCGAACGGCUACGAGGCGGACAAGUGGAUGUACUUCGACUGGGACAGCAACAUCCUGGUGACGUACGUGGCGUGCGUCAUCCACACGCUGGUGUACUACUUCCUGCUGCGCAUGGCCGACAUCGGCAAGGCCGGCGGACGCAUGGCGGACGCCUUCUGGAUCACGCGCCGCAUCAUCGACAUCACGCCCAACGGCGACCUGCCCGAGAAGGAGGACGCCGACGUCAAGGCCGAGCGGCAGCGGGUCUCGCAGAUGGACAUCAGCCUCAUGCCCAAGCUCCAUAACUCAAGGCUGCUGUCUCUGUUUCUGCGAAAACCAAAGCCCGCAUCGGAGCUCGCAGGGGGCCCCGAACAAAAACCGAUAAAGCCUCCGGUGGUGUACGUUCACGAGCUGCGCAAGGUGUACGAGGAAGGGGCCCGGUGCCGGCCGCGCAACCACGUGAAGAUCGCCAUCCGCAACCUGUCGAUGGCCAUCGACAAGGGCGACAUCUUCGGCCUGCUGGGACCCAACGGCGCCGGCAAGACCUCGACCAUGAAGGUCAUCGUGGGCGAGGAGAGCCCCUCCAGCGGAAGGGUCGCUGUGGGAGGCUUCGAGAUCACCUCCAACCUGUGCCGGGCCUUCAAGAUGCUCGGCUACUGCCCGCAGCACGACGCCCUCUGGAACAACCUGACCAUCCGAGAGCACCUGCAGCUAUUCGCGUCACUCAGGGGCAUACGCUACAACGAGAUCGAUUCCGUCACCGACUGGCUGAUGGACAAGCUGAACAUCCGCGAGCACGCCGACAAGCGCGCCAAGCAGCUGUCGGGCGGCACCAAGCGCAAGCUGAGCUACGCCAUCAGCAUGCUGGGCAAGCCGCGCAUCGUGCUGCUGGACGAGCCGUCGACGGGCAUGGACCCGCAGUCGAAGCGCUUCCUCUGGGACACCAUCUGCUCGACGUUCCCGCAGGGCGGCGACCGGGGCGCCCUGCUCACCACGCACUCGAUGGAGGAGGCGGACGCGCUCUGCACCAAGGUGGGCAUCAUGGUGCGCGGCGCCCUGCGCUGCCUCGGCUCCACGCAGCACCUGAAGAACCGCUACGGCGCCGGCUACACGCUCGACAUCAAGAUGCAGCGCCAGGAGGGCGCCUGGGAGAAGAACCUGGGCGACCUCAAGGGCCACGUCAAGCGGGUCUUCCCGUCGGCCACGCUGCGCGAGGGCUUCCAGGACCGGCUCACCUACGACAUCCCGCAGGCCGGCGUCACGUCGCUGGCCAACGUGUUCGUCGCCAUGGACGAAGCCAAAGCCAAGUUUUCUAUAGAAGAGUUCAGCUUCAGCCAAACGACGUUAGAACAGGUGUUCCUGGGAUUCGCCAAGGAGCAGGAGCUCGCGCAAGAAGACGAAGACGUCCAGAUUCAAGCCUGAAAAGAGAGUGUGUGUGUGUGUGUUUCCUUUGUGUGUGCGCCCCCCUCCUCCUCUUCUACUUAUGUUCCAUCGUUUUCACUUUGACGCUGCCUCUUGUGCUCCGAGUCGGGAUGCCUCAUCGCUGCAUUCGCAAGGAAUAAAUCAUGCGCAUGUCAUUGCCACGCCACAUCCCA